AUGCUACCGAAAAGUGUCGCCGAGUGUUUGAAAGCCGGCAAAGGAGUGGUUCCAGAAGCUUAUGAAUCCGUUUCUAUUUUGUUCUCUGAUAUCGUUUCUUUCACAACUAUCUCUUCUUCAUGUUCACCGUGGCAGGUUGUUCAACUUCUGAAUGAUUUGUACACUAAAAUGGAUUCUGUAGUAAAAGGUUUUGAUGUAUAUAAGGUGGAAACGAUUGGUGAUUGUUAUAUGCUUGUUUCUGGCGUACCAGAAAGAAAUGGAACAAAGCAUAUCAAAAAUAUCUGCAUCUCAGCACUCAAGCUUCUUGAAGCCACAUCCAACAUUCCGCUUCCCCAUGAAAACUCUGCUUACUUGGAACUACGGGUCGGCAUACAUACCGGUCCUGUUGUUGCUGGAGUAGUUGGGCUGAUAAUGCCACGUUUUUGUCUCUUUGGCGAUACAGUUAAUACAGCGAGCCGAAUGGAAAGUACAGGAGAAGCAUCCAAAGUUCAUUUAUCUCCGAACGCCAACCAGCUCUUGAAAUCAACUUAUCCCGAGUUCAUAACAGAAUGUAGAGGAGAGAUUCCUGUUAAGGGAAAAGGUAAUAUGAUGACCUAUUGGCUGACGAGAUGA